ACUAGGAAGUGUCUGUUGCCUGACGACCACUAAUGUUGUAAACAUACUACAUGCAAAAUGCAGCGCGAAAAGAGUGUUAAAGUAAAAGAAGUUAUUACUUCUCUUUGUAAAUUACUGUCUGCAUUAAGCGUCGAGUCGAUACCGACAGCAGAGGCAUUCAGGAGAGCCAAAUUCAACAGAAAAGAUGCGACAGUGGACAUGUGGAGUUUGCUAAGAAGGAUUUUGCAGAGAGCUUUUGCUCUGGAUUGUGCGUGCCAGGACUCUAAAGACCAAGACAACAAUAUGCAGCUGCUGUUUGUCAGGAGUGCUCUGUGUCACUGUGGCUAUGGGGCUCCGUGGGUGGUGGGACCCCGGCCCCCCAGUCACAUAGAAGAGGUGGGAAGCCGAGAUCUGCUCCUUGCAUUCAGCUGGGUGCUGUCAACAGGGAAUCUGCUGGACGUCCUGCUGGCUGAGAAUGUUCAUCAAUUAGACAGUCUUUCGUCUGGACCAACGAUUGUUCGAGGACUAAUACCGGGACAGCUUGAUGUAUCAGCAUGUGGACCAAGAGCGGAUACCACAGUGAAGACAGACCAGGUAGUGCAGGCACUGCAGUGGCAAUAUGGGAAACUUAGACUUCAGUGGAAGAGCUUACUCUCAGCCCAGGAGGAGAGGUCCAAAUUCACCCACAGGAUCAUCUCCAACAUCAGCUCCUCUGCUGUGUGUCAGCCUCACGUCACCGGUUCCAAUCAUAGCAACAUGACAUCAACUGCUCUUGACAAGGAGCUGGAGCGCAUACAAGCGUUGAAUGGAAUUCUGGAGGCGUAUCUGGAUUGGAAACUCCACGAACAUUUAUUCUGGUGCUGGAUGGACAGCGUGAUCGACAGCUCCCUCGCUGAUGCGUCCGAGGUGAAGCCCGGGGAUUGGCCACCAGGGGAGCGGGCUGUCACGGUGAGGUGUCCCUACGGCGAUGAGACCAGGAGAGCAGUCAGACGACUUGACAAGAUGUUGCUAAGGCUGCAGACAGAACUGAGAGGCAGAAGAAUAGAGCAGUCUACUCUCACACUUACCUCACAGGGGGGACGUCAAGGGGCUUCUCGGCUCUCUGAAAGUCAGAGAAUGGAAGUGGAGAAGAAGGUUUCAGGCUAUUUAGAGGGGCUACGUCUCACUAACACCUCCGCAAUCACAUCAAGAGGCUUUUUGCCAUGUCUUCAGGAUCCACAGCCCACAAAGCCACCUCACAGGUUCCACACCGGAGAACCUGGCCUGGCAGUGACAGGCGGGAUGCUCCAGGCGUCGACUGCUCUGGAUGAACUGAGGGAGAGAGAGGCUGUACUGCAGUGGCAGCUGGAACGAUCGAGGCAAAAUAUGAGAGUGGAAAUGCAGAGACAAGCCAGCACAAUGGAAGGGAUGGUUCUCAUCCCACCAAUUAAGAGAUAAACACACUUUUUGUGUCACUGCAUACACUGGGAUCCUGACGUAAAGCUGGACAGGCUGCAUUUCGAGUCUCUGAAUAAGGUGAACAUAGUAGUUUUAUGCUUUUUCAGUGGAAUUAAAACGUUUGUAAUCAAUUUUAUGUAUUUGAAAACGACUGCCGUAAUGUAAAUGUCUGUGCUUGGAAACAAAACAAAGAAAUUUCAAGGGCAUUUCGUCUGUAGCUGAAUACUUGCACUGGAAAAAUAUUAUUUUGCCUACUGAAAUGCAUCAAGGCACACUCUGAAAAACAACUCUAAUGACUCCAACUGAAGCAAAUGGCUGACCUCUGUGCUUCUGUGUACUUUGCGGUGUGUUGAAGAAAAUGGAAGACAUUUGAAGUCAUUUUUUUUAAUGCACGACGCCACUUCUAGAGAGCAGAACAGCCUGCCGUUUCCAAAGUAGGUCAUUCUUUCUGUUGCUUUCCAAAACCUGUGAAAGUUAAGAUCGAAGUUUGGGGAAAAUCAAACCCCUGUAAUGAUUAGCUGCUCCCUGCAGAGAUCUGAACCCAGUUUUACUGAGCGGCUCAUAACAUGAGAGGAUUUCGCCUUUCAAGGCCAAGUCAGUUUCUACCAGCCAAUUGGUGUGGUCUCAAUUACAUUUGGAAAGCUGUAAACAAACUAGGUGUGCAAGAUAACACGAGCUGUUGGGCAAACUAAAGAAGCUGGCACAGGCCGCUGUAUGAGCUGAUUAAGAAAGUCAUUUCCAGCACCGAUUUUCAUUAGGAUUAUAAGCAGAAAUCCUAAUCUAGACGCUGUACAGAGCAUGACGAGCUCUAAAAGGAUUUUCUCUCCAUUACCUUCGGCCUCCUUAUCUAGAGCAGAAUUGCUGUUUACAACCGAGGGAACGCAAACACACAGACUCGCCGGGUCCAUUUCCCUGAUGUUUGAUGUGUGCUCUAAAUGAACUAAGACUCAUGUAGCUGGAAUUCAAGGUUAUAAUUAUGCUAUUAUCAAGAGGGUCAACCAGUGUCAAGCCAGGAGUUGGUGUGGGUGGGUUUCUCGCUACCUGGAACUCUCUGAUGAACAUUUCAAUAAUUAGAUGCUGCAGAUGUGUGAAACAGGUCUAAGCGACGCAUUUUCUCUUUGGCAUCAAUAUUAAUAGGUUGCAGUUUUCAUACUUCAUGUGUAAGGUGGUACUGCAUAGAAGAAUUGUCGCAGAAGCAACCCUGCGAGUAGACCUGUUUUUUUUUGCAUGCAGCAUGCUGAACGCACAAUGAAAAUGUAGUCUGACUAAUUUAUUGACUUUGUAUUUUACAAUGUGGUCUUUCAUUAAACAGUUUAAAAUAAUAA